AUGCCACCGUGCUGACAGCGGUCACUACGCCUGUAGUCUAUUUGACUCCAAUGGCGCGUUUGUCGCUUCUGCCUUUGCCUCUCUCCACACGUCACAUAUCUCCCACAGUUACAGUACAGGGUUGGAGACGUGACAAGGCUCACAUCUCUCCUCUCUUGCUCAGUCACCUCACUUGUGAGUCCACUGUCACAACUGAACACUCCCUCCGUACAAUGUCUAUGUAUGCCAUGUGUCGUUCACACAAGUGUAUUAGGUAUGUGGUUCAUGUACCACUGACGGAGGCCGACUCACACAUUUUUGGAAUAGUAUGUCCUAGGUUGUCUCAGUUUGCCUCUGGUGGCACCAAUGUAUGUACAUGCCAAACAACAAGU